AUGUAAUUUUAUGAUUUUCUCCCUGCUCCCAAUCCACUUAUAUAAGCUACUGAUCCUGAAAUGAAUACUAAAAUGUAUCUAAAAUAAGUUAAUUAGAACUUAGAUUAAAAAAAGAGAUGAAUAUAAUGAAAGAGAUUCAAGUAAGAAUCUCUGGGAUUAUUUUACAGAUAAUAAAUAAAACCUUGUUUAUUAAAGAUAUGAUAAUUAUCCUUGGUCAAUGAUUCCUUUAAAUAAUCAUCGAUUUACAGCUUCUUGUUUCUUUGAUUGUAGGAAAUUGAUUUCCUUAAACAGAGAAAUCAAAUUAACUGAAUUUUAAUCUAUUUUAUACAAAAACCUAUUCCCUUCUACAAUGAAAUAAAAAGAAUUUAAACCUUUAUAAUUAGAAUAAGAUAAUAAGAACUAUUCAGGAUUGAAAUUUGAUUCACAUUAUGAAAGUUCAAACCUUUUUGCAUCAUUCAGAAUUGGUCUUUAUGAAUAUGAUUUGAUUAUGCAAAAUGAUACUAAUUCUAAAGGACAUACUUAAUGGUUUUAUUUCUCUGUUGAAAAUACAUAAAAAAAUGCUUUGGUUACAUUUAACAUUAUAAACUUUGUAAUUUACAUUAUAUUAUAAAGCCUCACAGAUAAAAAAUGAAUCACUAUUUAAUUUGGGUUAACGACCUGUCAUUUAUUCUAUUAAAUCUAAUAAAACUAGAGGAAUUGGAUGGAUCAAGGCUGGUACUAAUGUUGUAUAUUUCAAAAAUAAAUAUAAAAGAGAAAAUAGUACCAUUAAAACUUAUUAUACAUUAAGUUUCUCAUAUAAGUUUGAAUAUUCAAAUGAUAAAGUAUAUUUUGCCUAAUGCUAUCCAUAUACAUAUUCAUAAUUGAAUUCAUUUAUUGAUAGAGUUAUAAAAACUAAUUAAGUAACCUUAAAUAACAUAUAAGUUUUCAACUGUAAAAGAUUUAUGUAAGACAAUUGCAAGAUCAUAAUGUCCUUUGAUUACAAUAGGAAAGGGUAAAAAAGCAAUAUUGUUAAUGGCAAGAUAACAUCCUGGAGAGACUCCAAGUUCUUAUGCAAUAGAAGGGGCUAUGGAAUUUUUGAUUAGAAAUUGUAUUGAAGCAGAAAUGCUAAGAAAUCAUUUUACUUUUUAUAUUAUUCCAAUGAUAAAUCCUGAUGGAGUAAUUUUUGGAAAUUAUCGAUGUAAUUUAUCUGGAACCGAUCUAAAUAGAAUUUGGGUGAAUCCACAUAAGGAACUACAUGAUUCAGUUUGGUAUAUUAGAGAUUUGAUCAAGUAGAUUAAUUAAUCAACUGAAUUAAGUAUGAUAAUUGAUUUUCAUGGACAUUCAAAAAAGUAUUAAAAUUGUUUAAGUAUAAAUUAGAUUCAAUAGUUUUUUUUAUGCCAAUAAUGGAGCAGAUUAAUUAAAGUUAUUUCCUUUGAUUUGUUCUAAAAUAUCUAAAAUGGUAAAUUUAAAAGAUUGUUCUUUCAGUAUACAUGAAAGCAAAAAGAAAACAGCAAGAGCUGCUCUAUAAGAGGAGGUUAAAAGUGGAUAUAUUUACACUUUAGAAUCAUCAUUUCAUGCAUAUAAACGAUAAUUUAGUCAAGAUUUUAAUGAUAUUCAUUAUAAGGAAUUAGGUGUUGAUAUAAUACUAUCAAUAUUUAAAUUAUUUUAAUAAGAAAUGUUUUAAUCAACUUUUGAAUAAAAUAUUAAUUUUAAAUUACCUACUACAAUUAAUUCAUAAUAAAAUAAUGAUUUAGACUUAUUUAUUAAAAAUUAUGAUUUAAGUUAACUUUAAUUAAAUUAAGAUGAUUCAGGAAGUGAUUCAAAUCCAGAGGAAGAUGUUUUGCAAGAUUAAGAAUAAUUAUCAAUAAUUGAAUCUAGAAAAUAGAGCAAAGCGUAAUUAAUUACUAAAAAGAAAAUAAUAAAAAUAGAUAAAAGUACUUAAACUGAUAUUUCUCAUUAUUAAAAUUUAAUGUUGGAUGAAAAAGUCUUAUCGAAAAUUGAAGAAUAAGUGAAAGCAUUAAGAAAGAAUAAUAAUUUGGAGACAAUUGGAAUUUUGGGUAAUGACGUUGAGUUCUAAGAAGGAUAGAAAUGUGAAUUUUAAUAAACAGAUAUCUCAUUGUAAUAAAUUUUAGGGAAAAUGUAAGUAUUCCAUGUAAGAGUUUCUAAUAAGUAAAAUUAUUUGAUUUAUUAUAGAAAUUCUAUGUUUUAGCAUUAAUUUACAACUUAAUCUAGUAAACCUGUUGUGAUUGUCUUAAAGAAUCCAUAUUCUAAAUAGCAAUUACAAUAAAAUUAAUUAACAACUUUUUAAUAAGAAUAGUUAUCAAUAAAAAAUAGACGAAGAGUGGCAUCAAUAAAUGGUAGAGCUUCAAUAGAAUCAAAAAGGUUAGCAAAUGAAAGAAAAUAUAGCAUUUAGCAUUACUAAUAAGAGAAGUACCAUGGACAGAGUUAUUAAUACAAUACACCUAUGAAUUUUAUGUCUUAAGAUACAACAUUCGAUAAAAUUGCAAACAUAAGCAAGAUUAGAUUCAAUGAAAAAUAAGUAGUUAAAAACUAAUUUUGA